AUGAAACUCAGUGAAGCCGAGUGGAAUCGUGUGGAACCCUCUGAAGCUGCCGCCGGCUCGACAGUUCCGGGUGAUUUACAUGCUGAAAAUUUUGGUUCAUAUUUGGAUUGUAAUGGUAUUUUAAAUUUUGAUGUAAACGAUUUUGAUGAAGGUUAUUGUGGUCCUUUCACAUGGGAUAUAAAGCGUUUAUUAGCUAGUUUAAAUUUAGUUGCUUAUACAAAAGGUUUUAGCGAUGAGGAAAUCGUUACCAUUCUCACAACAUGUGCCGAAGAAUAUUUAAAACAAGUAUAUGAAUUUUGUAAGAAAAGUAAAGAUCAGUUUGCUUUAACAUUAAAAAAUACAAGUGGUAAAAUAAAACUGUUAUUAAAUGAAACACGUGUUAAAUCACAUGUUGCUCAUUUGGAUACAAUGACUUGUAUCGAAAAUUAUGAUCGUCGAUUUAUACGUAGCAAGUAUACCAAAGACGUUGAUGAAGAAUUACGAGCAAAAAUAAUGGAUGCAUUUAAAAUGUAUUUGAAAUCAAUACCGGAGAGCAAAAAACAAACGGAUCAUCAUGAACCAGUAUCGUACAAUAUUAAAGAUAUUGUAGCACGUUCAAGUCCCGGUAUUGGUAGUGCUGGUAAGGUAAGUUAUAGUAUACUGGUCGAAGGUCGAUCUGAGACGCUCGAAAACGAUAUUGUAUUAUACAUGAAACCUGCACAACGUUCUGCUGUUAGUUAUGUGGUACGAAAUCCAGACUUAGAAAAACUUUUUGAACAUGAUGGUUUAAGAACAGUAUUAUGUUCAUAUGCCAUGCAAGCUAGUACUCCAAAAUGGUUGGGUUACACAACAUUAGGGAAAGUACCAUGUUUAGUAGAUGAAGUAACAGCACAUUCCACAGAUUUAGAUUGGGAUGAUAUUAACGACAUCAAAGAUGUUAUAGAAGUGGUCAGAUAUAUGGGAAAAGCAACAGGUAAGAAUAGAAUGUUUAGCUCAGUUGAGUAAUAAUACUUAAAUGCCAUGCAACAUCAGUUUGGUUUAUAUAUUAUAUAUUUAUCUUAUUGUA